AUGGUGGGGGCGCAAGGGUUCACGACAGGGGCGUUGGUCGGUGAUGAUAGCUGGCGGGACUGGUUCAUGCACCGGAUGGAACCGCUAAACCGAGGCGAGAACCGAAACGUGAAAAGGCUGAAACUCGUUCGGCCGAGAGGGUUGCCGGAUUUUGGAAAACUUGAAGACGUGCCAACCGGGACCGCUGCUAAGGUGGUGUACGGGUCUGUGGAGAAGAUAUCGCGCAAGCGCGGCAUGCCUGUGUAUACAGUGAGGUGGGAAGACGGGCUUUUGCAGCUCAAUGUCCCCAAGAAGUACAUGCGCCAGGUAGUCGCCGAAGAUGACGCAAGCGCGGGAAAGGGCGUCCCGCUUACCGCCGAGGUCGUGGAACACCUGACGUGGAUCGGAAAAACGGUGGGGCCUGUGCUGGAUGAGGUCAGGAAGGCUAUUCAUCUUACUCAUCUGGCAAAGGUAACGGUGGCCGGGGACACCCGGUCCCGAGACGUCCUAGAACUAGCCUUGCUAUCGCUCGUCGAGUGCCUGCCGUCGAUCGACUUCGCGGAAGUGUGGCAGUUGGACAACGACGGCAGUAUUCGCUGCGUCCAGGGCCUGAUCGCCACGGCAGGCGAAGGAGGUCGAAAGUACUAUCGUUCCAACGAGCGCGUCGACAGCCUCCUGCAUGAUGAGGAUGCCGAAGAGUUCAGCUUGAAGAUGGAGCCCGAGCCUAUCCCGGACGCCGCUAUCAGGGGCACGGGAGCCGAAACCACACCGCCAAAGACGAACAGUUACGGAAAACGGGAGAAGAGAAAACACAGGGCAGCCGCGCCCAACCACGCCGUGCACAUUCCGAAGGGCCUCGUCAUUCGGCCGAAGAUGACGUGCGGGGUACUAGCAGCAGCGCCGUUUCGCGACUAUAGUUUCAAGGUGGGAAGAUCCUGGAUCGGUGCAGAUAGGCUAGCGCGCGGCUUUGCGCUUGUCCUUCGGACUAGGGUGCCAAACAAUGGGCGCGCGAACGGUGCGGUGGGAAAAGACGGCGGCAAGGCCGAGGGCCGAGCAAGUGACGAUACUAGAUCCCCUGAACGGAGCGGUGGCUGGAGUAAAGCCGGAGGUCCGGCCGCAACAAUUACACAGCAUGAUGGACUUCCAAUCAGCAGCAGAAAUGGUAGUGUCGAAGAUGGUGCCUUCGCAGCCCGCGUUGCCAGCGAAGUAGGCGUUGCGCUGGCCUGCGUGCGAGGUAGAGAACGACGAGCGGCGAUUCGGGCGCAGGCGCUCAAGAAACUAUCGAAUGUGUGCCUGAACGGCAAGCCUUCCGGAAACGAGGCGAAGGAAGCCGUCCUGACCGAGAUUUCCAAGGUGCUCCCGGGAUGCCGCGCGUACGUCGGUGUGCUUCAAUCGGGUGGACACGCCUUGCUCUACGAGGCGGCCACCCCCAAUAGCGCGAUGAAGGGGAGAGAGCUGCGUCGGGGCGAAGGUGUCAGCCUAAGCUGCCUGGAUGACCCCGGUGGAGAGAUCCGUGUGAUACAGCACCGCGAAGGCAUCGCGUCCAGGAUGGACACGGGCGCCCCAGAGCCAGUCAGCCUCCAGGAAGCCGCGAAGGAAGGCGGGCCGAAGCCGCCGAACUUUCGCGUGGGUGACGUUGUUGAGGUGUGGUAUGCCUCUUCGUGGCUCCCCGCAACGGUCGUGCGGGCAUGGGGGCACCAGUGCUACGACGUGAGGUACGAGCAGUUCAGGGACACGGAGGCGGGAGUACCGGGGUGGCGGAUGCGAGAAGUGAUUACCCUGGAACACCUCGACGUGAAGCUUUGCUGGGAAGGGUCAUCGGAACAGGAUGGGAGCCACGAUGUAGACGAAGACCGCCAUGCCAGUGAUCGAAGCAGCAAGGCGUGGCCGUGGCCGUUCGUGUGCGCACCCCUACGAAGCUCGGGGAACCGGGUCGGGGUGCUGGGGGUAGACGGGUGGAGUGACGUGGAGCUGGGGCGACCAGACGAGGUUCACCCGGAUAAAUCGGUGGUGAAGUUUAUACGCGAAGCCGCAAACUUGCUCGCCGGCGCCCUCUACACAGAGCGGCGAAACAGAGGCCUAUCUGCACUGGGGAAGGCACUCAGAGAGCAAGAUACAACACAGAAUGGCGCGCUGGAGGCACUCCUUGUACUGCUGCGAGAGACGAUCACAUUUCGCACGCGAAUAGACGUGCUCGAGACUCGUGCUUCUGACCCAGGAGCCGUGUACUGCCGUGGGACGUGGCAGCAGAGCUCCUCCGAGAAAGAAAGGGGGUCGGGGAUAGGGCAGCGGGACCCAGGGCCACAAGCCCCGGCGCGCGUGUUCGAUGUAGGCGUUGCCCCUCGUGUGGAGGAGCUGUGCCUCACACCCGCUCAAUACGUGCGGUUGAGCAAUCAUGAUAACCGGGGUGGCGGGGGACCCUUGUCUCUUCAUGAACAGACUCAGCAGUCCCUUCUCCUGAAGGAGAUCACCCCCUACCAAAAGGAAAUGCAUUGCAUCGCGAGAGACGGCUUGGGCGCAACAAGCGGCCUGCAAGCCAAAGCGCUUACCACACCCGGUCGACGAGGAGAAAUUGUUGGUCGAUUCCAACGUCUGUUAGUUCGAGCCGAGGGAGGCCGGCCGUCCGCCGACGGCUGGUACUUCAUUCGAGUGGCUCGGGCCCUGCCAGAACACAUAUCACUAGAGUCAUUCGACACGACAAAGAAGAUCAAAUCGACACUGAAAGCUACCAAGGCGCGAGGAGUAUCUGCUGCCAACAAUCCGGCCGUAAGCACCGAGGACGGUGACAUAUGGCUGCUGUCCGAGAUGUGCCGUAAACUUGAGAUUGGAUUUAUGGCCAUCGCGAGUCGAGAACAACGUGCCCUGGUCCGCGUAAAGGCUAUGGAUAGGGUGCUAAACUGUUGCAAAGGUUUCAAGGUCGCUGCUGCUGCGGCGCCGUCACUGACGGCCUCCAAGAAUUCAGUCGCUGAUGACCACUCGAGGGACAGGGCGGCAAGAACUAAUGCAUCGUCAACGAUAGUCCGUACGAGUGGAGGUAGCAAACCAGCAACAGGCGCCCUCGAUGGGCCAGGCACUACGAGGGGAGCCCUGGCAACGGUAGACACACCAAAAGAUAAGACGGGGCAAAGGGUUUCAAAACGGAGUAGAAAACCAGGCACAAGCGACAAAAAGGACGUUGACAGCCCUGCGUCGGCUACUCUUGCGACAGCGACGGAGGAGACGGGGGAUUCAUCAAGCCCCAGGGUAUCUGCUGCUGUGGCGGUGGCGACCGGAGACGAGACAAAGACGAGCAAGAGGGCCACCCAACACCUGAUGUUUUCGACACCAGUGCAGGCGGCAACCCCAGCCGAGACCGUCGACGGGCGGAAAGGAGCGCUGGUCACGCUGAAGGAUGGCAGGCUUGCGGUCCUAGUUCACCAGGGAGACAAGAGGGUGGCGGUGGUCGAGCAGCCAGGAGGGCGGCAACAUACUUUGCCGGAGAGUGAGGCAAGUCGAACAAUGCUAAAAAUGUGGUCUGCUUGUCUAACACGGUGGUCGAGCGUCUUCAAAGAAAGCACAACCUCGAUGUAUCUACGUGGCGGAUUGUUUCCAUCAAUGUCAGCUUCGGCGGUGGUUGCGCCGACAAAGUGGGUGGUUCCAGGACAAACGGUAUUCCUGCAAAGCGGCCGAGAAGCUCUGCUGGUAGAAACCACCGACAAUUCGAAUGCUCUGUUGGUAGUCAGCACGAGUGGGACCGCAAACGUUGUGGAAGAAACUGGCAAAGGGAAACUUUCAAAGCUGCCGUUGUCGGUGCUCAAGGAUCUGGACGCCGUCGCUGCUCUCGCAGUAGGAGAAAGGCCGCCGGGGGCAAUUCACCGAGCGGAGCUGAUCAGACAGGUGGGAGGGCGACUGACUGCCCACCCCGAAAAACGUACGCUUCGCUUCGAGUCUUGGCCACAGAGUAUCAUGAUCAACGCGCGUAAGACCGCGAGUUCUCCCCAAUUCCCUCUCUUCUCAGCCGGUGCUUCGCCCGGCAAUACCUCUAUCCAAACGUUCUUGCUGUAUUUUGAGUUCCUUAAAGCAGGAAUAUCGCAAAACCUUUCUUCGCCCUUUGUUGCCUCAUCACACCCCCCCGGUAAAAACACCGACGACGACGACGGGCACAACAAGGUCAUCGCCUCCACGCAGUGGGUGAUGCCCCAGGUGGACAUUUACGUCGGCGAGCUAUCGCCGUUCGGGAGCUCGGUUAGGUUCGCGACAGCCAGCUCGCGCUCCAACGCUUCGGGUCGAUUCAUUUACAGGCAUUCCAAGCCCAACGGAGGCCCGACGUUCGGCGUAGUGGAGGACUCCGGUGCAGAAGACGAUUCUCAGGACGUCGAAAAGGACGAAGUGCAGAGCCCAUCGUGGGACGUCAUCGACAACUGCACGACGGCGGUCAUCCCCGGCGUCUACAGCCAAGAGUCCAGCCGCUUGCAUUUUUUCUCAGACCCGAUGCAGCAGGGUUGGCCAUGGGUAGCAGUCCCGAUUCGACCAAGUACCUCGAGCCGGGCAGUUCGCGGAGUCUUUUGCGUCGACAGGUUCGAGGACCCCUGGGCAGACGAGGAAACGGUCACGUGGCACCCAGAGAAGGACGUCCUUGCCUUCCUGGAAACUUGCGCUUCGGAGUUGGGCCUCGCCCUCGACCGGGAGGCUAAGAGUCGCUCACUUCGGAGGCUCCGCUCCAUUACGUUGGACGAAGACGCAGCGGUAGCGACAGCGCCAUCACGGCCUGGAUCUUCUUCGCCUCCUGCAGCAGGGAAGACGCCCGGUGGGGGCGUACGAAAACACGGGGCCGCGAAACGAGCCGGAGGCGAGAAGAGCCGAGAUGAAAGCGCUAGUGUUUCGUCCGCCCAAGACGUGUACGCGGCCGUUGCGACCUCCAUGUCCCAGGCUCUUGUCCAUUGCACGCGCUUCGAGGUGUGCUGCUAA